CAUAUCCAUCUACCUUCUCACCAGAUGGAAGUGUUGCAACAUGGGCAAAGUGUCCAUUUUAUUGUACCAAGUACAAUGAAGAAAUAUUCAAUGAGCAUUUGACAAGUUGCCAGGGUGUGAUCACAGAAAAACUCGGAAUCAUAUUCUUAAAGGUUGAGAACGUUGUGAAAAAUGUGAUAGUAUACACAGUCCCUCAGACCCAUGUUCCUAUGAGUGGUGAUGUAGUGAAUUCUAAUAUAGAGAUAGUUGUAUCGACCAUAAAAAAACAUUUUGCCACAAAACAUAAUGGUGAUUGGAGAGAAUAUGUUAAGAAUGGAAAAUUUAAUGAAAAGUUACUUUUCGUACAAGAAAUUGUCAAAAAGAGCGUAAAGAAACCUGAUACAAGUGAUCUGAUUCGAAAACUUCAAAACACCAAAUCU